GACUCGGACGGUCAGGAGUCGGGCUGAGCCUCUGGCUGUUGUCGACAUCUUCACCGAAUUCAACUCACCGGCACAAUUUGCUUGUGUCCAGGACGCUCAUCGACCCGUCUGAGUCGUCUCAACAGGUUCUUUGCCGCCUGUCGUGAGCAUCCCAACCCAGCUCUGUGAGAGGUACUUGGCCCCUAUCAUAGCUCUCAACCGCAAUGGCCGGUUUCCACAACACGUACCACCGCGACGGGUACCGCGCUGGCUUUAGCCAGCCAAACGGCGAGAGGUGUUCCCUGCCGGGGAUUAGAGAGAUGGUGCCAGAGAUUGACGAGGUCCUGCCUAGGCCACCAUGGACUGGCCCCGCCCGAACCCCGUCCUGGCCAACAAGUCCAGGGCCAUGUUCACCAGGCGCGGGCGCGACGCCUCCGUAUCGGUACACACAUUCGUUGGUUCACCAGCCCCUCGCUGGUCCGUCAGCCGACGAGGAGAGGGGGCAUGCUGUGGCAUGGCAGCCUGAUCCAGGGCACAAUGUCCCUCGGCGGCUCCCGACAACGGUGUCGCCCGCACGCCCGCCCAGCGCCGUGCCGCCUCCGGGCAGCUGGGCGCCCGACUACGAUGAGGCGGACCCCUACCGCAGCCAGCGGCGGUACAGCCAAGGGUCGCACGGGUACGUCGGCCACCACCACGGCAUCUACCGGCCCCCUGUUGGCGCCCACGCCUUCGCCUCGGUCGGCGCCUACGGGCCAGCCGACGGACAGCACGGCGGAGCGUCCGACGGCGACCCCAAAUCCGUCAAGCGUGGAGCGGCGAUGUCGGACGGAGAGCCGGAAGAGCGGCGGAAGCGGCGCAAUUUCUCGGCGGACACCACCGAGGCCCUCAAGAAGUGGGUGGAAACGAGGAUUGACAAUCCGCACUUUGACCCAAAAGAGGUGGCAGAGACUGCAAAGAAGACGGGGAAAACUAGGAGUGAGUUCUACCUUCCUUAAUAUCCUCUGCUGUUCUGUCAAGGUCCCCCUCUUGGCCAAUCCAAAGCAAAGAGCACCCACCCCCCAUCAACCCCAAUCCUUUCCAAUGGCUGUCCCAGUAGCUGUGCCAGUACCUAACUAACCCA